CUAGUGAAAAAAAUUAAAUGUUAAGCACAGGAUAAAUAGAAUUCAUUAAAGGAGGAAUUGCAGUAAAUAUUAGGAGUGACGGACGAAAAAAUAAUGAAUUAAGAGAUGUAAAAUUGAAGAGAUCUCAUCUAAUAUGCACAAGUGGUUCAUGCAAAUAUGAAGGGGAAAUUACAAUUUAUAGUGGAAUAAAGUUAGAGUUGAGUGAAUAAUCUUCAAUAAAAAUAAAUAUUAGUUCAAUGAAGAGAACAAAUGAUGAAAAACAAAAAGUAUAAUAUAUGUAAGAAUUAUUGGAAUCACUUUAUAAAACAGAUAUGAGUGAAUUGAAAGUUGGUUAAAAAGGAUGGGUAUUAGUGGUAGAAGUGUUUUUAUUAUGCUAAAUAGAUAUCGCUUAUUUAGAAGCAAUAUGUAUAUCUAUAAAUGAAGCAAUGGCUGAUUUAAGAAUACCUGCUAUAAAAGUUACAAAGAAUUUAUUAACAGAAGUUGAGGAAUAUGAAUUAUUACCUAAUGAACCAACUAAAUCAUUUAAAGGCGAUAAAAUUUAUGUUAUAGGUAAAGUUGGAACAGAGUUAGUGAAGGAUAUGAGUUUUGAAGAAUUUUAUUCAGUGGAUUAAAAAUUGAUAUUAACAUAAGGAAGAAAUGGGAAUAGUAAAUUAAGAACAUUUGAUAGUUGUGGAUUUGAUGCAGAUGAUUUAAUGAGAGUGUUAGUGUUCAUAAAAUGA